UAUUUAAAUUAAAAUGACCUUGUUUAGGGUAGAUAUUUUUAACUGUUAAUGGUUGAAAAGAAAACGUAAAUGAAAUUAGGUGUAUAACUGAAUUUUUAAUUGGCAUUUGGAGGUAUAUCUUGUCCCUUAGAACGGUUGAGCAGAAUGCAGAACACUUACCAACUAGAAGAGUUAGGUAGCUAUAUAACUACCAUUCAAAGUUUACACAUAUCUCUAUUAAUAUACCAAUUCCACCAUUUCUUAAUGAUUCACUUCACAGUCACUAGAAUGGGGGUUUCAUGGGAAGAAAGUGUGACUUAUUCCAUCAACGCAAUCUACCUUCUGUUCUCAGCGUACCUUGUCUUCGUGAUGCAAAUUGGGUUUGCCAUGAUAUGUGCAGGUUCAGUGCGUGCAAAAAAUGCAAUGAACAUAAUGCUCACAAACGUCGUUGAUGCAGUCGUCGGUAGCAUCUCCUUCUACCUCUUCGGUUUUGCAUUUGCAUAUGGCACUUCUAACCCUUUCAUUGGCACUCAUCUGUUUGCUCUAUCCCACAUUCCAAACGCAACUUACGACUAUGCUUUCUUCCUUUACCAAUGGGCUUUUGCUAUAGCUGUAACAGGCAUCACAAGUGGAUCCAUAGCUGAGAGAACUCAAUUCAGUGCCUAUCUUGUUUUCUCAUUUUUCCUCAGUGGCUUUGUGUACCCAGUUGUUGCUCAUUGGCUCUGGUCAUCCAGUGGUUGGCUCAGUCCAAAUUCAACUCACUUGUUCUUGGGUUCAGGAGCCAUUGACUUUGCUGGGAGUGGAGUGGUGCAUUUGGUUGGCGCAGUUGCUGGUCUUUGGGGGUCCAUCAUAGAAGGCCCACGGACUGGAAGAUUUGAUUCUUUAGGCAGGCCCAUGCCUCUAAGAGGCCACAGUGCAACACUUGUUGUACUUGGGACCUUUUUGUUAUGGUUUGGAUGGUUUGGAUUUAAUCCAGGAUCCUUUGACAAGAUCCUUGUGGCUUAUCCCGGCACGUCGGACCAAGGUAAUUGGACCUCGGUGGGUCGCACUGCCGUUACAACCAUAUUAGCUGGUUCGACAGCCGGAAUAGUUACUUUGUUUGGCCGAAGAUUGUUAGUCGGCCACUGGGAUGCAAUGGAUGCGUGCAAUGGCUUGCUUGGUGGGUUUGUUGCCAUCACGUCCGGAUGCUCUGUUGUUGAGCCAUGGGCCGCCAUUAUUUGUGGGUUUGUGUCGGCUUGGGUUUUAAUUGGGCUGAACAUUGUGGCCCUAAAGUUGAACUAUGAUGAUCCACUAGAGGCAGCCCAAUUGCAUGGAGGGUGUGGCACUUGGGGUUUGUUGUUUACUGGGUUGUUUGCCAAAGAGGAGUUUGUUAUUCAAGUGUAUAAUUGUGGUGAGAUUGGGGUUUCAAGACCCUAUGGUGUACUACUUGGAGGUGGUUGGGGAUUGUUUGGAGCCCAAGUGAUUGAGAUUUUGACAAUCUUUGGAUGGGUGAGUGUAACAAUGGGCCCUAUAUUCUAUGCCUUGCAGAAGCUUGAGAUAUUGAGAAUUCCUGUGAAUGAGGAAGUUACUGGGCUUGACAUUUCUUGCCAUGGAGGGUAUGCUUAUGCUCAAGAAAACUAUCAUCUCAGACUUUAUGGAGAUUACAUGCCUAUUCAACAUGCCCUAUCUUAGUUUCAUUUUUCUGUGAAAUGUCUGUUACUUUUUCUUGGGUUAUGUUGUGGAUUAGCAUUGUUUAAGGAUUGGAAUAAUUUUAGAUUAUUGAAUAAUAUUCAUUAAACUCUGUCAAGAUAAAUUUUCUUUUUCAGUAAGUUUUUAGUAAGCUAAAUAUAAUUUUGUCCCAUGCCAAAAUUUAUAAUUUUUUUUAAAGAUAAUCCUAUUCGAACUAUGGUAAACUGGAUUAACCCACAAAUUUUAACACGUUGUAAUUGCCUUGGUUCAGUCGUUUUGGAUGAGAGUUUUCAUGAGGGAACACAAACAAAAGGGCAUUAGCAUCAAAGUAAGAUCCUGAGAGGGACAGGUUGAGUAGGGUCCGUGUUAUGCUUCAACAUGCUUCAAAAUAUCAUGAAUGAAAGGAAUCUUGUCAAGUGAGUGGAUCCCACUUAUUGGAUAGACAUUAUUCUGUCACUUUCACGUCCUUUUCAAUAGUCAUUUGCUGCAUCCUUAUAGUAAUGACUAUCAUUGAAUUUGGAUAAAAAAUAUUUGUAUCAUUGACUAAUUGGCCUAACCGUGUUAAGUACAGUUUAUGGUUCAAUCAAAUUUUGGUUUACCUAAAACCAGGAACAUUAUUAUACUAUAACGAGCGAAUCACCAAAUCAUUAAGGUAAGGGAC